UUUGUCGUUUUCAUUUAUAACUUCAAGGCGUUUCUAUGUGCCAAACUGAAACCUCUGGAACAUACCAAAUUUUCUUUCGCAGGGGUUUUACCAAUACCAGCUUCAAUUCCUCCAAUUCUUCUGAACCAUUUUGAUUUCAUUUUGCCUCCCUUGCUGGGCGUGAAGAAACCCCGUUUGAUAUUUUCAUGAACAAUUACAAUAUACCAAGUCUCUCAACUUGAGCCAUUUUGAAGGUUACCCAUUUUAAUAGUUUGCUUUGGAACCGUUUUAGAUGGCGGAUUCCAAAGCAAAUCUGGAUAUUUCAGAGGAGACAUCUCCUGAUUUGCUGAAGAAUACACCGUCGAACAUUGCGAGAUUGGAGGAUGUAAUAGAGCAUUCCAAAGGCCGCCAGAAGUACCUGGCACAGACUAGGAGUCCCUCUGAUGGAACCGAUGUUCGGUGGUAUUUCUGCAAGGUGCCCUUGGCUGGGAAUGAGUUAGCUGCCUCAAUUCCUCGCACUGAGAUAGUGGGUAAGGGUGACUAUUUUCGUUUUGGCAUGAGAGAUUCUCUUGCAAUAGAGGCGUCGUUCUUGCAGAGAGAGGAAGAAUUACUCUCUAGCUGGUGGAAAGAAUAUGCAGAAUGCAGUGAAGGUCCUAGGAGUCGACCUGCAUCCAGUAAGAAGUUUGGCAGUGCACACUCUAUAGAAAGUGCCGAAGGAAAUCAAUUGUACGAAGUGGAAGAAGAGAGAGUUGGCGUGCCUGUAAAAGGAGGACUUUAUGAGGUAGAUCUAGUAAAGAGACUUUGCUUUCCUGUUUAUUGGAAUGGAGAAAAUCGGCGCGUUUUAAGAGGUCAUUGGUUUGCACGGAAAUUGGGUCUUGAUUGGCUGCCACUUCGUGAAGAUGUUGCAGAACAAUUAGAGGUUGCUUAUUGCAGAAAGAUUUGGCGUCGGAGGACAUUUCAACCAACAGGGCUUUUUGCAGCGCGUAUUGAUUUGCAAGGGUCUACUCCGGGACUUCAUGCACUUUUCACAGGAGAAGACGAUACAUGGGAGGCUUGGCUUAAUAUUGAUGCUUCUGGUUUUUCUAGUUUCAUUAGCUUAAGUGGAAAUGGAAUUAAUUUGAGGCGUGGUUAUUCAGCAUCUCGCUCAGCAAAACCAACCCAGGAUGAGCUUCGACAGCAGCAAGAGGAAGAAAUGGAUGAUUACUGUUCACAGGUUCCUGUUAGACAUGUUGUUUUUAUGGUUCAUGGUAUUGGCCAAAGGUUGGAGAAAUCUAAUUUGGUUGAUGAUGUUGGUGAUUUUCGCCAUAUCACAGCGGGUCUUGCUGAAAGACACCUUACUGCACACCAACGUGGUGCUCAGCGAGUUCUUUACAUACCAUGCCAGUGGAGAAAGGGCUUGAAGCUUAGUGGUGAAGCUGCAGUUGAAAAGAUAACUUUGGAAGGCGUGCGUGGUUUGCGUAUCAUGCUGAGUGCAACAGUGCAUGAUGUAUUAUACUACAUGAGCCCAAUCUACUGUCAAGAUAUUAUUAACUCGGUAUCAAACCAAUUGAACUGUUUAUAUUUGAAGUUUAUUAAGCGGAAUCCUGGUUACGAUGGAAAGGUUUCUAUCUAUGGUCAUUCUUUGGGAAGUGUCCUUUCAUAUGACAUCCUCUGCCAUCAGGAGAAUCUAUCCUCACCAUUUCCAAUGGAUUGGAUGUACAAGGAACAUGAUAGGAGUGAUCAAUCUUCUCUUGACAUAAAGAAUCAGCCCUCUGUAAUCGACUUUCCAACCAAUCAGGAGGGUGACAAAUCCAGUGUGCUUGAUGGAACCAUGGAAAAUGUGGAUCCCGUUCACAAAGAAUGUCCUGAUGGCCAUGCAUCAAAAUUUUCCACUAUCAAGAAUCAAUUAGUUGAUUUAGAGCAACUGCCUGCAGUGGUUAUGGAAGCUAAGGCUAAGCAAAGAAGCGAUGAGAAAGGUGACCAUGAAUUGGGUAGUGAUUCCAGUGACAGGCUUACUCAGGAAAGGGGUCAAUCAGUUGAAGCUUCUGAAGUGAAAUGCGAUGACCACAUUAAUGGUUUUGAAAAAAUGGUAGCAGAAGGCCACAAUGAUACUAGCAAUAAAGAUGAAGCAAUUAAAUUUCUAAGGGAAGAGAUUGAUUCCCUGAAGGCUAAAAUAGCAGAACUGGAAUCACAAUGUGAUAGUAAAGAUACAAGUGAUGGAAUGCAUCAAGUGAACGUCGCAACCACAACAAAGCAACCCAUAUGUGAGAAUCUUCCAUCUGGCUCGGAUGAUACACCAAAGAGUUACACACCUUAUAUUAGGUACACAAAGCUUGAAUUCAAGGUUGACACAUUCUUUGCUGUUGGAUCACCUCUUGGAGUCUUCCUUGCGCUUCGUAAUGUUCGCAUUGGGAUAGGUAAAGGGCAAGAAUAUUGGCGGGAGGAAAAUAUUAAUGAAGAGAUGCCAGCUUGUCGGCAAAUGUUCAAUAUUUUUCACCCAUUUGAUCCUGUUGCCUAUAGAGUAGAACCACUUGUCUGUAAAGAAUACACCACAAAACGUCCUGUUAUUAUUCCUUACCACAAAGGUGGAAGAAGGUUACAUAUUGGAUUUCAGGAAUUUGUGGAAGAUUUAGCUGCUCGUUCUCAGGCAAUCACAGAUCACCUAAAUUUCAUAAAGGUAAAGGUGCUUACAGUGUGCCAAUCAAAGAGCAUAGAUGGCAUAGAAGAGGGAGUUGAAAAUGUUCAAGAGAAAGAAGAGAGGUCAUAUGGUUCCUUAAUGAUGGAGAGAUUAACUGGAACUGAAGGACGAAUAGAUCACAUGCUUCAAGCUAAGACAUUUGAACAUCCAUAUUUGCAAGCUAUUGGAUCACACACAAACUACUGGAGGGAUUGUGAUACCUCUCUGUUCAUUUUGAAACACUUGUAUAAGGAUAUACCUGAAGAUGCCGACUUACCUGAGGGAUCUAGUGAACACAACUCGAAGGAUGAGAGUACAUCCGCCAGAUGGACAGAUCGAAGGGAGAUUAAAGAGGAGGAAGAACUUCCUUUGACAUUCUCCGACAGAAUGAUGGUUAAAAACUUCUCGAGGAAAGCUAAAAAGCAUAUGAAGAAAACUUAAAAGAGUUCUCUUAAUCGUUGUAUGCUGGGUUUAGAUGCAACUGCAGCUCCAUUCAGCAGGAAGUGGCUGUCAUGAUUACCUUAACUGCUGGUUAGGUUCAUUAGACACUCUGGUGAGGCCGAAUCACUGAACUUUGAAUGAUCUCUGCAUGAAGUUGAUGUAGACAGCUACGGCUGGAAAUUAGAAGAGUUAUCAGAAGGGAUACACUUUGGACAACACUAGUAAAGUUAGUUACUUGUUAAUAGUUUGCCAUGCAGCAGGUGGCCUGUUCUUUGGUUUUUUCUGUAUAUAAGAAGGAAACAAUAGGAAGUUAGGAAACAUAUACUGAAUUGACCACAAAGUUUUAGGCGUGUUGUAUAAAGCUAAAUUGUGUACUGCACUUCAAAGUUGUUUAUUACUGGCUGUUUUUAAUAUUGGAUUGAAUGUUUGAUUUUUGAUAAA